AUAGUCAUACAGUUGCACAAGUAAUUUCUUAAAGAAACUUGCAAGAACAUCAGGAGCUUAAUUGAAAUGUAUGUGACAAGGCCUAUCUCCCUAUACAGGAGUCAUCCCGAUUUGCUUUGUACACCACCAGUUGAAGGACCAGGUUCUGGGUAUCUAUUACUUGAGGGUGAAGAUGAUGUCCGCUCAUAUCUUAAUGACAAGCUUAAGGACUUGCCUUUUCCUCAAAAUAAGGUCCUCACAGUCAGUUAUACUUAUUCAUCCGGCGGACCAGGUGGUAGUUCUACUGAGAAGAAUAAGGCCUUGUUCAUACCAAUCAUCAAUCAGCCCUUGUCUUCCAACUGUUACUAUGUAAUCAUGGCAGAUAACAACAACGACAAAGGGUUAGCAUGUAAAAGUGCGAAAGAGGAAGAUAGGGAACCGGCGUGCUGUUUGUAUCGCGGUCAUAUUUCAGAUGAAGUGCCAAAACAACUCGACCCCCACAACAUACGUCAGGUGUUUGAGAUAUUCAAGAUAAAGAGUGGCCGUUUUAGUGCUAGGUCUGUUGAUCCUUAAGGUUGUCCUCCCACGUUCUUGAGGAGAAAAGGGUGGCGGAUCAAAACCUUAAAGCCCAAGAUUAAGAUAAGUGAGGCGGAUGGUCUUAACUCCAUACUUCAGUCUCAGCUGCCAGAUUUUAAUUUCCCGUUAUCUAUGGAGCAUUCACAGCCCAGGACUGUUGGAAAAUGGUAUUGUCCUUUCAUGUUUGUUGUGGAGGGGUCCGUGAAGGAACAAAUGGGAAGAUCAACGUUCUAUGAAAUGACAUUACAACAGCAAUGGGAGAGGAUAUAUUCAUGCAGAAGAGAACAAGUGGGAGGUGAUCAUUCAGUGUGUGUACGGGUUGUACUUCCUACUGAACUUGUCAAGAUAUGUUGGAUGGAUGCUGUUUCUGAAAGAGAUGAGGCUCGCAACAUAAUGUGGUUUUGGGUUAUGAGUGAGUUUGGAUUGCAAACAAGGAUAGGACUAAGUUUGGUGAUAGUAGAAAGAAUGAUGUGGGAGCAAGAAAGAGUAGGGUGGGUUAGUGGUAACCAAAAGAAGCAAGUGAUGGUUGCUAGAACAGAGGCAUAUACCGGAGCAGAUUUGUGGAAAAAGCUCAGUUGUUAUGUGCUCGUUGAACGGUUUGUGCUGAAAAGAUUAGAUGGAAGCUUAGUGUUAACUUAUGAGUUCAAGCAUACUCAUAACAUCAGAUGCAAAUGGGAAUGAAUGAAUCUACUUCACUAAACUUAUUCAAGAGGAUAUGUUCAGUGUUAUGUGUUUGGUGAAUGGCGGGUGUGACAGACGUACUGUGAAUAAUUGUUGUUUCUCCAACUGUAAAGUGUAAAUAUAGUACCUUCAUUGAUUUUAAGUACUGGUAUGUGUAAAUAUAUGUGCAAAUAAAUUUUGGUUUUAUUGAUAGUUUCAACUUCUGGUGCUUUUUUAUACUGAUGUACCUAUUCUUUUCCUUUGAGGAAUGGCUUUUAGUCUUGGAUAUUGGGGAAAUUGUUCAACUCCAAUGUGCAGACUAUGAAAGAUGAAAUUGUGUUCAGAGUGCAAAAUCAACAGAAAAGUUAAAGAGUACUAAAGGUUCCUGUUUCCAUGGUCUGAAAGUGGUAAAAGAUGUACAUGUUCUUAUCUAAAGAAACACCUACAACCCAUGAGGACUUCUCAGCAUCAUCUUGUGUGAUUUUGUAAGCCAAUGACUACUGACUCUGGACAAAAAGGGAUUAUUAAUUUACGAGUUACACGGUGCAAGCUUAGAAUGUCAGAGAAUUGUAAUCAAAGUUCAUUUGUGAACUUUCCUUCAGGUUGUACAGCAAGA